AUGCCUCACAUCGACAUCUUGUUCGACCAGUUGCAGAACAGAAAAACCGAGCCAGCGCAAGUUAAAACGGCUAUCGAUAAUUUUGAAAACUGUAUUGUCGAUGUGAGAAGUAAAAUUGAUGACAUAAUAAAUGAAGCCAAAAGUAUUUGCACUGAACCCCAAGGCAAUAAAAGGAGACGACGUAAUAAUAUCAGUCACGAUCACCGAGUUGCCGCAUUAGAAGUAUGCGACAAUAUAGUGAAUUCUGCAAAUGACAGAUUUCAAUUCAAAGAUCAUUUGGUAGCCGCAUCCCUUUUUUUCCCCGAACACUUUGGAGAAUACUGUGGUAAGUUUUCUGAUGACAAGUUGGAAACUACCUGCUUGGCUUAUCCCGAAUUAGUAAAAAGUCGUUUAAAGACAGAGUUGUCUGUUAUUUAUGCACGGAAUGAUUGCCGAGAUUUACAUGGAACUAUGCCUCUUUUGAAAUUUUUGAUACAAAAUAGUUUGGAGGAAACACUAAAAAAGGCUAUUAGAAAUUAUUGUUACAACUCCUAUGUCAACAUCAGAGGCUGA